AUGCGGGCACAUCUGUCAACGGCGCACCCGGGUGAGCUUGAGAGCGGACCAACUGCCAAACAGCCCCGGAUCGAUUAUUUUCUGAAGCCCGCUGCCACAGGCUCGUUGGCCGCACCGAGACAGGAGGCCAUCACUGAAAAGUUGGUGAAAUUCGUCUGUAAAGGCAUGAGGCCAAUAAGUGUGGUGGAGGACGUGGCAUUUAAAGAGUUCUGCCGAGAGAUGGAGCCCAGAUACCACGUCCCUAGCCGUGGGACUGUGACAUCGCGGAUCGCGGACCUGUACAAGAGAACUGUAGACCAACUCAAGCUGUCACUGCAGGGGAAGGACGUGGCUCUUACCACGGACGGGUGGACCUCAUUAUCGACGGCAUCAUAUGUCACAGCCACGGCCCACUGGAUCAACGAAGACUGGGAGAUCUUAAACAGCGUGCUCCAAACCAAAGAGCUGAAGGUCAGCCACACUGCAGAGAAUGUGGGCCAAUGUCUUGAAGAGAUCCUGUGUGUUUAUGGUCUGAAGGAGUCUGUAAUUUGUGUCACCACUGACAAUGCCACCAAUUACAUAAACAUGGUUGAAAAACAUCUGGAAAUGGUUAAUAUACCAUGUGUGGCACACACAAUCAACCUGGCUGUACGGAAAGGGCUGGCGGUCAGAGGCAUUGAAAUCCCCAUCGCUAGGCUGAAAGUGGCGGCUGCACAUUUCAGCAAAUCCUCAGCAGACAGCUACCUCCUCCAGCAAAAACAAGAGCUCCUUGGGUUGAAGGCUCAGAAGCUCAUUAAUGACUGCCCAACGCGCUGGAACAGCACGUACGAUAUGGUUUGCAGAGCAUCAGCGCAGCAAGCGGCCGUGUCUGCCGUCAUCUUUGAAAAGAAGCUGUCUCGAAUGGAGCUGUCGAUGAGCGAAUGGUCCAUAAUGGAGAAGGUGCAAGAGAUCCUGAAACCAUUCAAAGUGGCGACGGAAGCGCUGUCUACGGAUGCCUAUCCAACAGCGUCGGCUGUCUUGCCAAUCAUUCAUGUUCUGCUUGCACAGCUCAAGCGAACGCCAAGCGAAGAAGAACCGCCAGCGCUGCUUGAGAUGAAGGCAAAAAUAGCGACGGAUCUCAAGAAGCGAUAUGGCGAGGAAAGGGUCGCACGUAGGCUUUUGAACAAGGCCAGUUAUCUGGAUCCUCGUUUCCACCAACUCCGUCAUUUGGAAGAGGACCAGAAACGGCAGGUGCAUCUGGCAGUUUUGGAGGAGAUGAAGGCAAAUGUGGGAGGAGGGAGGGAUGAGGCUCCCGAAAGACCACGCGAGCAGCAACCCAAAUCUGCGUUGACGGCCAUGGAGAGUCUCUUCGGUGGUGUGUGCGACACCCGCCCAAACCAGGAGCAGGACAUCAGUCUGCUGCUCCAAAAAGAGAUGUCCAUGUAUGAGCAGGAAUCCCCCAUACCCCCUCAAGAAAAUCCACUCAUGUGGUGGAAAACGUCGGGCGGCAGAUACCCUCACAUUGCCCAGAUGGCAAAAAAAUACCUCUCUAUCCCCGGUUCUUCAGUGCGCUCGGAGCGCGUCUUUUCCUCCGCUGGCAACAUUGUAAACAAAAAGAGAUCAGCCUUGGCACCCUCCAACGUAGACUAUCUGGUCUUUUUGGCGAAUAACUUGUGA